AUAGAAGUACAUUUGAUAAUGGAAGUAAUAAUGCUCGAGCAGGUAUAGGAGUAUUUUGGAAAAAAAAUGAUUCAAAAAAUCUGAGUGAACGUCUCCCAGGAAGUGAACAGACAAAUAACCAUUUAUUUGUUAAAAUGAAAAGAUUAAUAGAAAAUCGUAUUGGAACUAUAAAAUUUAUUCAUAUACGUGGACAUCAAGGAAAUUAUGAUAAUGAACAAGUAGAUAGAUUAGCAAAACAAGGAUUAUUGAAAGAAUUUGUAAAAGAAGUUGAA